GGACCUACGAAGCACGUUCGGUCAGUCGCCGAGAGUAAGCCUGGAGGCUGGGAGGUGGGCGCUUCCUACGCGUGUGGGCCGCCCGGCGGCUGGUGAAGUUCCAGCCUCAUGGCGGAGAUAAUUCAGGAGCGCAUAGAAGAUCGAAUCCCAGAGUUGGAGCAGCUGGAGCGCAUCGGACUCUUCAGCCACGCGGAGAUUAAGGCUAUCAUCAAGAAGGCUUCUGACUUAGAAUACAAAAUACAUCGGAGAACCCUUCUCAAGGAAGAUUUUAUCAACUAUGUUCAAUAUGAAAUUAAUCUUUUGGAGCUGAUCCAGAGAAGAAGAGCAAGAAUUAAAUACUCAUUUAAGAAGGAUGAAAUUGAAUACUCUAUUGUACAUCGGGUACAAGGUGUCUUCGGCCGUGCUUCAGCGAAGUGGAAAGAUGACGUUCAACUUUGGCUCUCCUACAUAGUUUUUUGUAAGAAAUGGGGUACCAAAACUCAUCUUAGCAAGAUAUUCUCUGCCAUGCUUGCCAUUCAUUCAAACAAACCAGCUUUGUGGAUUAUGGCAGCCAAAUGGGAAAUGGAAGAUCGCUUAUCUUCAGAAAGUGCCAGGCAGUUAUUUCUUCGGGCUCUGCGUUUUCAUCCUGAGUGCCCAAAACUCUAUCAAGAAUACUUUAGGAUGGAGUUGAUGCAUGCUGAGAAACUGAGAAAAGAAAAGCAAGAAUUUGAAAAAGCUGCCAUGGAUAUGGGGAAUUUUGAUCAUCCUGAAGAAGUCCUUAAAGGCGAGCUGGCACGGAUCAUUUACAAAAAUUCUAUAAGCAAGAUUAAAGGUGCAGAAUUCCAUGUGUCACUUCUCUCAAUUGCACAACUAUUUGAUUUUGCGAAAGAUUUGCAAAAAGAAAUUUAUGAUGACCUUCAAGCUCUGCACACUGAUGACCCACUCACUUGGGAUUAUGUGGCACGGCGAGAACUAGAGAUUGAGUCUCAGCCAGGUGAAGAGCAGCCGGUAUCGAAACAAGCCAAAGCAGUGGAGGUGGGCCGCAGGGAGGAGAGGUGCUGUGCGGUGUAUGAAGAGGCAGUGAAGACUCUGCCCACAGAGGCCAUGUGGAAGUGUUACAUCAACUUUUGCUUGGAAAGGUUUUCUAAGAAGACCAGUAGUGUGCCCCUCAGAGGCCAGAGGCUGGAAAGAACCAUGCUUGCAUUCAGGAAGGCCCAUGACCUGAAGCUCCUUUCUGAAGUCCAGUACAAGCAGUGGAUUGACUUGUUGCUGCGCCAGGACCUCUUUAAAGAGGCUCUGCAGGUGGCAGAAGCUGGGACGGAAUUGUUCAAGGAUUCUGCAGCAAUGUGGCAGACGAGGCUGCAGGUGCUCAUUGACUCAAACAGCCCCGACAUAGCGACGCAUUUUGAAGAAGCCUUUGCACACCUCAAACCCCAGGUUUGUCUGCCCUUGUGGAUUUCUUGGGCAGAAUGGAGUGAAAAUGCUAAAAGCCAAGAGGACACUGAAGCAGUCUUUAAGAAAGCUAUUUUGGCUGUCACUGGUGCCAGUUCAGUAACUCUGAAGGAGAAAUACCUGGAUUGGGCAUAUCGAAGUGGUGGCUACAAAAAGGCCAAAGCAGUGUUCAAAAGUUUACAGGAAAGCCGUCCAUUCUCAGUUGAGUUUUUCAGGAAAAUGAUGCAGUUUGAAAAGGAGCAGGAAUCCUGCAAGAUGGCAAACCUGAGGGAAUAUUAUGAGAGGGCGCUGAGAGAGUUUGGGUCUACAGAUUCUGAUCUUUGGAUGGAUUACAUCAAAGAAGAAUUGAGCCAUCCCUUCGGUAGACCUGAGAACUGUGGACAGAUCUAUUGGCGUGCCAUGAAAAUGUUGCAAGGACAGUCAGCAGAGCUGUUUGUAGCUAAACAUGCCAUGCAUCAGGCUGGCCAUUAGCAAACAGAACUACCAGUUUGCUGAAAUUGUAUGGCAAGCCUCUGGGCAUGUUUGUAAUAUGAAUCGGUAUAUAAGUUGUCAAGAGGUGGCAGGAGAGCUGAUUGAUUUUUUUGUGAUGUACUUUAUCCUGUCAUUACUCUUUGGUUCCAGAAAAGAGAACUGCUGCUGCCUGUUAGAUGUAAAAUACACAGAAAUUAUACGCUUGAGUUUUAUUUCUUGUUCCAGGCUAAGUACACACAGCUCUAAUUUAGACUGGGUAGGAGGGAACCAGUUCAAACACAAGAGAAAGUAUAGUUUUGUGUGUUCUUUUCUUACUGUGAGAGCCUGAUGAUACCUGUAGAGAUAGGAGGGACUAGGGCUGUGCAGAGCGGACAGUGAGGUUGAACAAAGUGACUUGAUUUCUUCUGUCAGAAUUGCAUUUGUACUUUUAGAUCAACCAUUCAAGAAAUAGGAGCCUUCCUUCUCCUACAGGAAAGAAUGGAGACUUGGCGCAUGAGUAACAGAGGAGGGUGUGCUGGGUGUUAGAGUAAUAGAAAAAAUGAUUGACAAGCCAAGAACUGUUUGCAUGGAGGAGCCCAGCAACAAAAGGACAGGAAGCGAGUGGAGAAGUGUGUCAGUAGGAGGGAUGGGGGAUGGAAGGGUUGCUUAGAACAAAGGUGGGCUUUUGGGAACAGGGGAGGAAAUAAAAAAAAUUAAUAUUUAAUUUUUUACAGUUUAUUCAUUUUAUAUCCUGAUUGUAGCCCUUCCCUCAUCUCCUGGUCCCACCUCCCUCCCUCUUCCUCCUUUCACUGUUUUGUUUUUUUUUUUUUAAGGUUUUUUUUUUAUAAACCUAAAUCUUUAUGCCUUUGAGGCAAGUGCUCUAUCACUGAGACAGAUACCAGCCCUCUUUUUUACUUCUGUUUUGAGUGGGCCUCACUAAGUUCUGGCUGGCCUUGAAAGUCCUCAAGUCCAAACAGGCCUUGAACUGUCAAUCCUGCCUCAGCCUCUCAAGUAGCUGAGAUUACAGGCCCUGAACCACUCGACCCAGUUUUAAUUUAACAUUUGGUAUCACUGGGAAAAUAUUCAGAACAAGUUACUUAAUCCUAAGCCUUAAUUAAUGUUACGUAUUUCCCAUGUUAUUAAAUGAACUUAAAAACA